AUGGCUCCCGGUGCCCUAGCCCGCCUCCUCCGCCUUGCGCCCACCCCUCGCCUCGCGCGCCCCUUCGCCGCAAAGGCCCGCGCGUCUCGUCGGCCGCAGGAACCGGAGCUUCCGUCGGAGGACGACAACGACUUCGCCGGCGGCGAGGUUGCCGCCCCCACCGAAGGCAUCGGCAGGCCGCUCGCCGAGGUGCUCAAGGAGCUCAGGAAGAGGGUUCCGGACUCCCUCGUGAAGACCCGCGUCGAGGAUAAUGGCUUCGCCAUCAAGUACAUCCCAUGGCACAUUGUGAACAAAAUUCUCAACAUACAUGCUCCAGAGUGGUCGGGUGAAGUCCGCAGCAUUGUUUACUCAUCUGAUGGGAAAUCAGUGUCUGUUGUCUAUCGAGUGACUCUUCAUGGGAUUGAUGCAGAGAUCUGUAGAGAGGCCACUGGAACUGCUUCUGUUGAUGAUACAAGCUAUGGUGAUCCUGUACAGAAGGCAGAAGCUAUGGCUUUUCGUCGUGCUUGUGCACGUCUUGGUCUUGGACUUCAUCUCUACCAUGAAGAUAUGUCAUUAGAUGACUAA